ACGCGGCAUAACAUCUAGAUACGCCAUAUCCUGUUCCAGCUGUCAAAUAAAAAAUGGCGUUGCUUCUAAGAACCUUCACCCGACAGGGCACUUGCUUGUUCCGCCCUCAGUUUGGCAUUCUAUGCAGACAUGCUGUUCCAAUGGGAACCACAGCAAAUGAGGAAAUGAACACGUUUUGGGCCAAAAACAACAAAUUGAACCGACCCAUGUCGCCACAUCUGACCAUCUAUAAGUGGUCAUUGCCUAUGAUGAUGUCCAUCACACACAGAGGCACAGGAGUGGGACUCAGUGGAGGUAUCUCAGCAUUUGCUCUAUUAGCACUGGUGUUGCCAGGUAACUAUCCAUACUACCUUGACCUGAUCCACUCCCUGUCUGUUGGUCCUGCUCUGCUCAGCCUUGCCAAGUUUGGCAUUGCCUUCCCUGUGUCCUACCACACCUUGAAUGGAAUCCGCCAUCUGUUCUGGGAUAGCGGUAAGGGAUUUAAGAUUCCUGAGGUGUAUCGCUCGGGCUACGUGGUCAUUGUGCUGUCAAUACUGACCUCCAUUGCUGCCAUUGCAUACAUGUGAGCAGCAUGACGAGAGCAGAGAAAAGGAGUGCAGGAAGAGAGAGAGAGGGGGCGGACACGAGGGAUGUUUUUUUUAAAUGUUCUUGUCUUUGUGUCCCCAACACAGUAAUUGAAUGAAUAAAUAAAUGUCUAACCUA